GGCUCAAACAAAAAGAAUUGGUCCCACUAUACAAUUCCAGCUUAAACUUUACACUUCCCCAUUCCCACGGGUAUAAUCCUCCUCCCACCUCCACUGCUCUCAUCUCUCUCUCCCUCUCUCUCUAUAUAUACAAUCACAUUCCCAUCUCUCACAAAAAAUCUCAAUAUCCCCCCGGCUAGCAGGGGAGAGGAAGAAUUAAUCUGGGUGUGUUCCCUUUUAAAAAACAAAGCUGGGAGUUGCCCCACGCCAUUCCUCCUCCUCCUCCUCCUCUAUAACAUCCAUUACAUACAUUCACACAUAUAUCUAUCAGUCUCUCUACCUAUCUAUACACUCCAAAGUCCAAAUGGCUCAAUUUCGCUUACUAUUCUCUCUCCUCUCCCUUACACUCCCUCCCCUCUUCAUUUCAGGAGUUUCAUCAGGAACAUUCACGCUACUAAACAACUGCGACCACCCUGUCUGGCCGGGCAUUCUAUCGAACGCCGGAAUCUCGCAGCUCUCCACCACCGGUUUCGUCCUCCAAACAGGCCAGUCGAAGAGCUUAAACACCCCGUCCCACUGGGGCGGCCGUAUGUGGGGCCGCACCCACUGCGCCCAAAACCAAUCCACCGGUGAAUUCUCCUGCGUCACCGGCGAUUGCGGCACCGGAAAGAUAGAAUGCGCCGGGAACAACGCCCUGCCGCCCGCCACGCUGUUUGAGAUCACCCUCGACGGCUACGGCGGGUUGGCCUUCUAUGACGUCAGCUUGGUCGACGGGUACAACCUCCCGAUGCUGGUGGUGCCGCAGGGUGGAACGGGGGACAACUGCACAAGCACGGGAUGCUCGGCGGACUUGAACGGCCUGUGUCCGUCGGAGCUGAGCGUGACGGAUUCCGAAGGUGACGGCGUCGUGGCAUGCAAGAGCGCGUGCGAGAAGUUUGGGAGCUCGGAGUAUUGCUGCAGCGGCGCGUACGCCACCCCGAACACCUGCAAGCCGUCGUCGUAUUCGGAGUUGUUUAAGAGGGCGUGCCCGCUCGCGUACAGCUACGCGUAUGAUGACAAGACGAGCACUUUCACGUGUGCCGGUGCCGCCGACUAUCUCAUUACCUUCUGCCCUUCACCAAGCACCAGCAAGAAGUCAUCGUCGGGAAGUCAAACUCCGGUGACGCCCGACUCGCCGGCCACCGCGACGCCCAACUCGCCGUCGUCCAUCGACAGCACCAUGGUGUACGAAGGCGCACUGGAUUCCAGCAGCGCGUCAUCGCUAUCAUCCUCGCCGUCCACGUUGUUCCUCCACGUGUUUCGAUCUCACCCCGUCGGCGGUGCCGUCGCCAUCGUCUCAGCUCUCUGGCGGUUGAUGAUGAUGACUCACCACUUCUAAACUCCUUCUAUUCUAAACCACAAAAAAAAAAAAAAACUAACCUUUUUCUAUUGAUUAAUCCGUUACCUUCCAAACACGGCCUUACCCCAUCUGCCUUUGUCGGAAUCUGGGUGUUAUGUCACGUGUGGACCAGUAACUCGAUCUGUGGCCCUUUCCUUUUGUAUGGGCCUCCUGCCUCGGCCUGGGCCCAUCGAUUCUGGCCCAUGUGACGAGGAACCGAGUCACCUUUGAAAAGAUCACGAGUCACUCUCAGGUUAUCUUCUCUCAUUUUUUCUUUAUUUAAAUAGUGUAGUUUGGGGUUGGGAAUUAAUUGGGAGUAAUGUUUUUUUUUUCUAUAUAUAUAUAUAUAUAUAAUAUAUUUAGAAUUAGAGAGGGGAGGAUAUUCAUUUAUUGGUUGGGGGAAAUUUUUAUAUGUAAAACCAAUUCAUUUUGGUGCCAAUAAUAUGAAGUCUGAAUUUCAUUUUACUACCA